UUCUCUAACUACUACUAAUAACAUCUGUACAACUACUACUACCCGCGAAAUUUCCGAAAGGUUAAUAAUGUCAAAAUGUCCUGCAACAAAUCCUGAACAAGACCUGCAAUAUGACAAUUUGCCAUAGAAAUUAUGGUAGGUGCUGUAUCUGGUCUACAGUUCUUUGAUGGUCUUCAUGAAAAGAAAUAGGAUUGGAUGACAUCAUGGGUGACAUAGCUCGGUUAGAGAAAGAAAAACGUAAGGCUCUAAAAAAGGAUGAUCUUCGUGAAGUUGCCUAUCUGUGUAAUCUACUAGGUCAAGAAUAUGUGAAGGAUGGAGAUUUUGAUGAAGCUCUUUCACAGCAUAAGGAAGAAGCAGGUAUAUGUGAAGCAUUGGCAGAUACAGUUGGUCUUGCUGUUGCCAUCCGGCAACUUGGUGAGGUAUAUUCCAAGAUUAGUAAUUGGGAUAAAGCUUUACACUAUUUGUAUCGUUACUUAGCUUUAGCCAAGGAGGCAGAGUCUCUAGUUGAACAACAGAGGGCUUAUGCCACCCUUGGGAGAACACACUAUCAAAGAGCAGAAGAUUUUGGUGUAAAUGGAGAUGUGAAGGAGCAAGACAAAUCUCUUACAGAAGCAGAAAAAGCCUUUUUACGAUCACUCUCCAUCUGUGAGAAUCUUAAAGGGUUGGUUGAUACACGAGAGCAUGGCCAAAUGCGAUGUCGACUUUAUUUGAAUUUAGGUUUAGUGUUGGACAGUCGCCGUAAUGAAAAGAAGGCCAAUCACUUUAUAGGCCAAGCUUUGGAUUUGUGUUCCAUGCAUGGCUUCCAUGAAGAUGCCUAUAAAUGUUAUUUAGCCUUAUCAGCACUACACUCUCGUUCAGGAAGAAUGCCUGAAGCACUUCAGGAUGGUCAACAGAUGUUAAAGUUGGCCAAAAAACUCAAUGAUAAAGAAUUGCAGUGUGAAAGCCAUGUUUUCCUUGCUGAAGUUCAUCUUACUAAUUCUGAUUAUGAAUCUGCCAAGAAAUGUUAUUAUAAAGCAUACAAACUAAAGCAUCCUUUACUGGAAGAGAGAAAAAAAAUUGAAAGUUCCUUGAAAACUGUUGUGAAACUGUGCAAUGUAGAAGAUUCCUUAAUUCUCAUGAAGGAUGACCAGUGCGAUGAAAAAUUGAAGAUGUAUGAAAGUUUAGGGGAUGGACUGGCAAAACUUGGCAAUUUUUCAAAGGCUCUUGAUUAUUAUAAACUUAUGCUUGAUUUAGCCAUGAAACUUGGUAAAGAGUCGUCGUUUCUUGUUCCUAUUUAUUCCUCACUUGCUCAGACAUACUCUGACAUUAAGCAGUAUGAUGAGGCAAAGGAUUAUUAUUGGAAGGAAUAUGAUGUUACUAUUAAUAAGGAUCCAGGUCAUGCAUGUAAGACCAUACUUAGUUUAGCCAAUUUUUGUGAAGAUAAAGGAGAGCAAUACAGUGAGCUGGAGAAAUUAUAUGUACAAGCAAAAGCAGCAGCCAUUAAAGCAAAUAAUAAGAAAUUAGAACAUAAAGCACUCUACAGACAGGCAAGCCUAAAAGGAAUACCAAUAGAGGUGAAGCUUCAGCUUGAAGCAGAGAUGGAGACACUGGCAGACACUAGUGGUUUUGAUCCAGAUGCUGAGUCUAGUGAUGAAGAGGAAAGUGAUGAUGAUGAGAUCGAUUUGGACUUUGUGUAUUUUUCUGACAGUGAAAAUGAUGGGGAGAAUUUUGACAGACCUCGACAAGCUAGGCAAAAGAAGACCACUAUUGUGAAGAGGAAUGAAAAAGGAGAAACAGCUUUACAUAAAGCCUGCAUUACAGGGAAUCUGAACAUGGUGAAGAAACUUAUAAUUCAAGGGCAUCCAAUAAAUCCAAGAGAUCACUGUGGCUGGCUUCCACUUCACGAAGCAGCCAAUCAUGGGUUUACUGAAAUUGUUAAUGCUUUGCUUGACGCAGGAGCCUGGAUUAAUGAUCGUGGAGGACGGGAGUGUGAGGGUAUUACUCCAUUACAUGAUGCAGCAGCAUGUGGGAAUAUUGAGGUUAUCAAGUUACUGAUGUCCCGUGGGGCAUCGGUUAUUAUUAAGGAUGAUCAUGGGACUACACCCCUUGAAUCACUAAUCAAUUUUCGGAAGAGGUCAAAUUUAACUAGGAAAGAGGAGCAAGAAUGCAUAGCAUUAGAGGAGGAAAUGAAAGCAAUAAUGAGUUGCACUGGCCACAAAAUACCAGAAUUAGCCACAAAGGUGACACAAAAGGGUAAAAGAUUUAGUGAUUCUUGUAACAUUAACAGUUCAAAUAAAUAUAGAAUAGAGAGACUUAAUUCCUCAGGUUCAGAUAAAAGUCAACAUACAACAGAAGAACCAAUGAAAACUAUUGCCACUGGUUUUAGAGAAUAUUCAGGAUAUGAAAGAGAUGAUUUACCAGACAUAGACAAUGAACCUUGUAAAGGAGUUGGGGAUGAAGAAAGUGACAUUUCUGAUCACAUAGGGGGAGAUUCAGAGGAAUAUUUGAACCCUUUACUGCAAGAUAUACAGCAAGAAAAUAAGUCAGCUACAGGAACAUACCUCAGUGCUAUUAGAAGUGUUGGUAGUGCAGCAAAGCGUUUACAGCUUAGAAAAACGGGAGAAUCUUCCUUUGGCAAAACUUUAAAAAAAGAGAAGAAGGGUGCAUUAGUUACAGAAUCUGAAGAUGUUGGUGAUGAUUGGUUAGAUGAUAAUAUAGGAAUUUCCUCAAAAAAAAGAAAAAGGACUGAAAAGUUUGAAUUUGAAUUCAGAGAAACCAAGAAAGAGAGGCGUGUACUAAAAGCAAAAAAUUCCCAAGAAAAACCUCCAAGUCGUUUGCAGAAAUCAUUUCAACCCAAACUGACAUCCAUGAUGCAAAAAACUUCAGAAGGCACGAGAGAUAAUGAAGAUGAUGUUGUAAUUGUGCCCGACACACCUGUAUCAGCAAUAUCAACAAGUGCAAUUAAUCUUGGUAAUAAAAUAAAUGGAACUGAUACUAGAAGUAACCCCAUUGCUACAAAUGGAGAAAAUAGUACAGCUGCUCAUGCCAGCUGUAGUGCAUUGCGAUUGCGAGUGCGUGUUCAGAAUAGAUUGUUGCUCGUUCCAGUAGCGGGUGGAGGCCAAGGUCGGACUGUAGAGUGGUUAGCUGCAGAAGUUACUCGCAGAUAUUAUCAACUUGCAGGGUUACGGCCUCAUCUUACACUGACAACGCAAGAUGGAGCUGUGUUAGACCCAAGUGAUCCAAUUGCAUUAGUUUUGCCUGCAGAACAAGCUGAACUACAGGCACAGGUUACAGGCUGGGAUCUUCCACCCCUUCCAGAAAGGUACUCACAAGCCUGUCAGUCCCUUGGAGUAGCUCCUGUGUCUUGUUUAACUUCUGCUCUUCAUCAGACUGAAGCAUCAACAUCUUUGGAUCUAAGUCGUAUGGGACGUUUAACAUCACAACUGCAUCCUGUUCUACGGGCAAUUCAGUGCCAGCAGUCUUUACAUAGUCUCAUUCUGUCUAAUUGCUGCCUUGGGGAUGAUGGUUUUGGUCACCUGAUGGAAGCCUUGCCUACCUUGCCCUCUCUGGAAAUUUUAAAUUUAAAAUGUACAUCACUAACAACAUCCAGUCUUCUCUCUUUAACAGAAGCUAUAUCUACAGGUGGACUGUUCUUGAAGAGUAUAGCUUGUUUAGACCUCGGUUAUAAUAAUUUUUCAGGGGCAAAGGUUUCAGACAUAGGAGUGUUGUUUAGUGUUUUGUCAUUGUCAUCCUUAUCUUUGAAGCAUUGUUAUUUAUCACUCACUGGCCAGCAUCAGCUACCAGUUACAUCAUCAGCAAUAAAAAAACUAGAACUUGAUUAUAACACUAUAUAUGAUGCUCCUCUGACAUCCUUGUUGUCAUGUGUUUCCCAGGUUUCACACUUGUCCCUCAGUGGUCUGAACUGUAAAAAUGAUGCUGAAGUUAAGGUCCGCCUUGGCUUAACUUUAGCAAAUGUUUUAGGUGCAGGUGAAGAGUGCCAUCUUGAAUUCCUUGAUCUGAGUUCAAGUGGUCUUACAGAUAUUGAUCUUGAAGACAUUUCAGCAUAUUUGUACCGUUGUCCUCGCCUGACUUCCAUAAAUCUCUCCCAUAAUAGCAAGCUUUCAUCAGCAUCCAUAAAUACAUUUUUGAAUGAACUGACCACAAAUAUGUUACUUCCAUUAAAAUCACUAAGCUUGCAUGGAAUCAAAUCUUCUACAGAAAUGAAUGCCAAAAUUGCAUCAGUAGUACAGCGUAAGGCAGCACAGCAGAAUAUGAUAAGUAAACUUUCUAUAACUCAGUCAGGUGAUAAUAAGAUGCUUGAAAAUAUAUGGAAAGCUCACAGUGCAGAAAGUGCAACCAUUUUGAAGAUUGAGAAGGAACUAUUUCUCUCGUGUUGAAAUACUUCAUGAUAAGCAAAUAUGUUUAUAAAGGAUGAAAUGCCCGAAGAGUGAUGGUUAACUUUAUGAAGUGUGAUAGUUAAACUUUAUGAAAUGUAAUUUUUUUGUUGCUGUGGGGACUGAGAGUGCCUUAUAUAUUGGAGCAAUAAAAUUUCAUUAAUGGCCAUGAGAACUGCUGAAAACUGUUACAGGUUUACUCUUUUCAAGUACUAAGAAAAUUUCAUUUGCUGAAUUAAAAGAAAAUUAGUUAUAUUGGUUCAUCUGAAUUAUUCUCUGUACCUUUUUUGUAGACACAGUAUUGUAACUUUAUUAUUUUUAUUAUUUUAAUUAGUUAUGGAGAUUACCAGGAGACUAAAACUUAUAUUUUUUUAUGUAUUACUAGAAAGUUCAUUUUCCUAAUAAUUUUUAUUUGUACAUAGUACUGCAUUAUGAAUUAAUAAAACUAUUUAUAUAGAAUUCUUUAUCAGACUUGUCUGUUUACUUGAUUUUAUUUUUGAAACUGUAAUUGAACCUGCCAAUUCCAUCAACAUUUUUGUUGUCCCAGUUACUGCAAACUUGUGUUGGUAAUUUCCUAUCAUUAAAAUUGCUCUAUUUUUCUUUUUAAAUUGGUUUGUAUUGUAAGAUAAAGAUUUUCUCCAUUUCA